AUGAAUUUUAACAACACUGAGAAUCCUGAAAUAAUGCAGUUCUGUUAUGUAUCUGUAAAUAACUCUUGUCGCAAGUUUGCCCAUCCAGUCCAUACCCAGAUUCUUAUCUAUACAACACUUUGUACAGCAAUCAUUGUUACGAUUUGUGGCAAUCUUUUAGUCAUUAUUUCUAUAUCUCAUUUUAAAGAACUGCACACACCAACUAACUACCUAAUUCUGUCUUUGGCAGUUGUUGAUUUUCUUCUAGGAGGAUUUAUUAUGCCACCUUUUAUGGUUCUAACUGUUGAAACGUGUUGGUAUUUUGGAGAGUUCUUCUGCAAGAUCCACUAUAGUUCUGCUAUCAUGCUUUGCACCGCCUCCAUAAUUCAUCUCUCCAUCAUAUCUAUUGAUCGUUAUUAUGCCGUGUGUCAUCCUCUGAAAUACAAAAUCAAGGUCACAACUUCUGUUACUGUUAAUAUAAUUUGUGUCAGCUGGAUAAUCUCUGCUGUGCUUGGAUUUGGAAUUGUGCUGCUAGAACUAAAUUUAAAGGGUAUAGAAGACUUUUACAAGCAUAAUGUUUACUGCAAAGGUAGCUGUGUUCUAAUGCAAAAUGAAACAUCUGGUCUGCUUUCUUCUUUACUGUCCUUCUACAUCCCAGGUUUUAUUAUGGUAUGUAUCUACAUAAAAAUUUUCAAAGUGGCAAGAAGACAGGCCAAGUCUAUUACUGUCACGAUACAUCAAAGUAAAAGAAUUGACGAAAGUAGAAAUGCUGAAUCAAGCAGAAGAGAAACAAAAGCUGCCAGGACACUAGCAAUAGUUCUGGGUGUGUUUCUAAUCUGUUGGUCUCCAUUUUUUUUGUGUAACAUUGUUGAUCCCUUAAUACAUUAUACAACUCCACCUUUAUUGAUAAACAUUCUUUUAUGGUGUGGUUACUUAAACUCUAGCUUUAAUCCACUUGUCUAUGGCUUUUUCUAUAGUUGGUUCAGAAAGGCUCUUAAAAUGAUUGCACUUGGCCAGAUUUUUCAAAAUGAUUCUUCCAUGAUAAAACUAUUUACAGCCUGA